GUCUUUCCGGGGUAAAUCUUAGCAACUCAAGUUCCAAGAGGUACCUAACUUAAACGUCACGAUGUAUUUGUAUUCUACCAGCUUCUCUUUCCCUUGACCUCCCCUCACACACACUUCCCUACCACAUAUUCCGAUUUUCUAAAGUCUCUGCGAUACGUACAUAUAAUUCAUACAUAAACCAUGAGCAUCAAAGGCGACAAGAUCGAGAAGAUCAUUGCUCGCCUACAGCAGCGAAUCAGUGAGGGGCAGUUCUACGAAGCCCAGCAGCAAACUCGCGUCGUAGCAGCUCGAUACACCAAGGCCGCUAACUGGGAUGCCGCUAUAAAUAUCCUCUACAAUGUUGCACAAUCACUUCUGAAGGCGGGCCAGGGCGGCAGCGGUGGCGAUCUCUGCGUGCUGCUAGUCGAAACCUACAAACAGGCGGAGCUGAAGCCUGAUGCCGUGAACAAGGGCCGAUUGCUCACGUGUUUGCGCUUGUUCGACAGCGAGGAACCUACACGCAAGAAGUUCAUUGGGGAGAUCAUAACAUGGUCCUCCAAAUUCGGCGAGUACCCCGCGGGCGACCCCGAACUGCAUCAUGUUGCGGGCUCGCUAUAUGCAGAAGAGCACGAACCGUACGAUGCGGAGAGACAUCUGAUUCUUGGAACGAAGGACUCGGCUGAGGUGUUGGCUCGCUUAGAAUACGAAUGGUUCAAGGAGGAUGACCCACAUACGGCCGCUUUAUACGCCGCGCGAGGAGUGCUGCCGUAUCUUCUCACGGGCAACGUCCGAUCGGCGAAUACGUGCUACCGAAUAUUCACCAGCGCCCUCAGCCAGGACAAGCAAGGCCAGCUUAACAUCCAGGACGUCAGCACCAACAGCGUCGACAUUCGAGUGUGCCCUAGUAUACCCCUCCUUAAUUUCCUAGGGCUCCUGCUACUUGCGGUCCAGCGAGCGAAUCCGGACUUAUACAAGCAACUACACAGCAAAUACGCUACCCUCCUAGCCGAAGCCGAGUCGUGGCACGAGUCCUUGGAGAUCAUCGCCGAGAUGUACUUCGGCAUCCAGAAGCCACGACAGAGCAACCCGCUGAUGGACAUGAUGAGCGGCUUCUUUGGCGGUAGUGGUGGGGGUGGCGCUGCAGCGGGUGGAGGCGCAAAGAGGCCGACCCUGAAGGGUCCUACUUCCACGAUGCCGGCUGCUGAGGGAUUGGAUUAGAUUAGAUUAGAUAACUGUUUAGAGUCACGAUAGCCGUAUAAUUAUCGUAGCUAGGCAUUCACGACGAAUAUCAUUGCGGCCGAUGCUGCUCUUCUGGCUCGUACAUCCAGUUAUCUUCGGCUAGGGCUGCUACUUUAGCUCUCAUGCUAGCUCGGAGUGUCUCUAAGACCUCUUAUUUCGUGUUAGCAUAAG